GAAACCAAGGGAAAUCUCAGACAACAGGCGUCUCUGGUGUGCGUGGAAAAGUGCGCUCCCGGCUGCCCGCUCGCCCGCUCCACGCCCGCUCACGCUUCAUUGUUCUCCAAGUCAGAAGCCCCGCAGCCACGCGGCUAGAGCGGCGCUAGCAGCGCCGGCUGAGCGCACAGUGUCCGCCAGCGCGGGUGACCCGGUCCGCGCGGGAGCCCGCGCCCCGCCCCGCCCGCCGCGCUCAGCUGGGACCCACCCGCAGCGGAGGCUGAGCCAGGCAGCUCCCCAAAGCUCGCCCACCUCUUUGAGCCAGAACACAGGCAAAGGAGAAGAGAAAUUCCUCUCUCUGGUCACCCACUCCUUCUCGCCCUGUCCAAGAAUUUGUUAAAGAAGACGCUUCGGCAAGAAGACAUCUUCCUGAAUUCACGGUCAGGGGCGGGGUUGCCGGCGACCUGCGGUGCCACCUCCGCGACGCUGCCCCCGGCUGCGGUCCCUGAUUAGCUGGAGUCAAGUCUGGGAGAAGGGAUCAUGAAGAGCUCCGUGGCCGCUGGGCUCUUGGUCGUGCUCAGCCUCGGUGUCCCCCAGUUUUGCAAAGGUGAUAUUUGUGAUCCCAAUCCAUGUGAAAAUGGAGGUAUCUGUGUGUCAGGAUUGUCUGAAGAUUCCUUUACCUGUGAGUGCCCGGACGGCUUCACAGACCCCAACUGUUCUAGUGUUGUGGAGGUUGCAUCAGAGGAAGAAGAACCAACUUCAGCAGGUCCUUGCAUUCCUAAUCCGUGCCAUAAUGGAGGAACCUGUGAAAUCAGUGAAGCAUAUCGAGGGGACACAUUCAUAGGCUAUGUUUGUAAAUGUCCCCGAGGAUUUAAUGGGAUUCACUGUCAGCACAACAUAAAUGAAUGUGAAGCUGAGCCAUGCAAAAAUGGUGGAAUAUGUACAGAUCAUGUCGCUAACUAUUCCUGUGAGUGCCCAGGUGAAUUCAUGGGGAGAAAUUGUCAAUACAAAUGCUCGGGCCCAUUGGGAAUUGAAGGUGGAAUCAUAUCUAACCAGCAAAUCACAGCUUCAUCUACUCACCGAGCUCUUUUUGGACUUCAGAAGUGGUACCCAUACUAUGCUCGUCUUAAUAAGAAGGGGCUCAUCAAUGCCUGGACAGCUGCAGAAAAUGACAGAUGGUCAUGGAUUCAGAUAAAUUUACAAAAAAAAAUGAGAGUCACAGGUGUGAUCACCCAAGGAGCCAAAAGGAUCGGAAGCCCAGAAUAUAUAAAAUCCUACAAAAUUGCCUAUAGUAAUGAUGGAAAGACUUGGGCAAUGUACAAAGUGAAAGGCACCAAUGAAGACAUGGUGUUCCGUGGAAAUGUUGAUAACAACACACCCUAUGCUAACUCUUUUACACCCCCCAUAAAAGCUCAGUAUGUAAGACUUUAUCCCCAAGUUUGUCGAAGACACUGUACUUUGAGAAUGGAACUUCUUGGAUGUGAACUAUCUGGCUGUUCUGAGCCUCUGGGGAUGAAAUCAGGACAUAUCCAAGACUAUCAGAUCACUGCCUCCAGCAUUUUCAGAACUCUCAAUAUGGACAUGUUCACUUGGGAGCCAAGGAAAGCUCGGCUGGACAAGCAGGGCAAAGUCAAUGCCUGGACUUCCGGCCACAAUGACCAGUCACAAUGGUUACAGGUAGAUCUUCUGGUUCCUACCAAAGUGACUGGCAUCAUUACACAGGGAGCUAAAGAUUUUGGUCAUGUACAGUUUGUAGGCUCCUACAAACUAGCUUACAGCAAUGAUGGAGAACACUGGACUGUAUACCAGGAUGAAAAACAAAGAAAAGAUAAGGUUUUCCAGGGCAAUUUUGACAAUGAUACCCACAGGAAAAACGUCAUUGACCCUCCCAUCUAUGCUCGGCACAUAAGAAUCCUUCCUUGGUCCUGGUAUGGGAGAAUCACGCUGAGGUCGGAGCUGCUGGGCUGCACAGAGGAGGAGUGAGGAGAGCCACGCCCACAACCCUCCUCGCUAUUUUCCUCUUCUCUGUCUCCAUGGAAUGAACUGUGCGAAAUCUGUAGGAAAAUGAGUGGGGUUUUUCAUGAAAAAGUGCUCAAACUAUGGUAGGCCAUUAACUAUCUAAAGAGGUCUAAGCCUGCCUUUUCAAUGCUUUAUUUAAUUUGAUUUUAUCAGUUAAAUUUCUUAAGUAACAUCACAUUAACUGGGAAUGAAUUUUCUCAUAGUUUUUUGAAUUAUUCACACUAGUUGGAAAUAUUAGGGAAAGAAACUGGCAAGGAUAAAAAUCUCAUAGUUAUCAAAUAAUAACAAGAGUUGAUAGAGCUUUUAUAAUCAAUACUCAUCCAGUUCUUAUAAAAGGAAUACUGCAAUGUUAGCAAUAAGUUGUUUGUUUUUUUCUGUAGUGAGUCUACAUUAUCCUAGUUAUUUCCCUGUGCCUACCAAACACGCUUAGUGUUUAUAAUAGAAUUUUGAAGACGAAUUUGUAACAUGUAGUACUAAAUGAUAUUAUUGUUCUUUUACUUUUAUUUCUAAUCAGAUGUUAUGUGAUUUUUUGUUCUGUUUUAUAUUCUUUAUAUUGUAUAUUGCUUGAGUGAGUUAAUAUUUGAAUUGAGUUUUUGUUAUUUGCCUAAAAGAAGUAUAAUAUUUGCUUAUAUAUGGAACAUAUUUGAAAACUGCAAUCGAUCGUAGAUCGAUGGUAGAUCGAUCAUAAUUAAUAUCAGUAGAUCUGAAAUUCUAUUUUUGAAAGAAGCUAUGACUAUGUAAAUUCCAAAUUCUUCCUUUAUAAAGAAAUUCACACUACAAUUUUUUUAAAAAGAACUAAAUUGUAUUAUGUUUCUUUAAACCAAAAUUGUAUCUUCAUUUUGAUGAUAUUUAUAUGUCUUUAUCUUUAUUUUAACAUAAUAGAAUGAUGAAGGCUUUGUUUGUCACUUUAAUUUUUUUAUUAUUUAACAAACAAAUGUUAGCUUAGCUCUGCAUAGCUUGGCCAAACGUACUCAUUAUUUCUUUACUUAUCUCUGCACUUUCUGUGAAACCAGAAUUUUAUUAAGAUUUGAAAUUGGUGGUGGUUUCCUAGGAAAGCACAUUCUGUAGUCAUUUGUGAGAAGAAAAGUACUUACUAAUGACAAAGUAGUAACCAUUUCCAAGAUGAAAAUCGAUUUCUAUUUAUUUUGCUUCAAAGGUUCUGAAAAAAACAAGCAAUUAUCAUAACAAUUUGUUAUUGAUGAUGGAGGUUUCAUUGACAUGUUUCUCAAAUUAAAGCUCACACUGGCUCCAUACAAGUCCUCAACAUCUAAUAUAUAAGCUUUACAACUAUUUAUUUUAUAAGGCUUAGACACAGCAUUGUUGGAGUUUAAAAUUAAGCGUUCUGGAAAAGAAAGUACGGUAUGUGUACAAAACGUUGAGGUCCUGUGCAACACCGCUAAGUUUUUUUCUUUCAUUACUUGUGCUACAUAAUGAAAGCCACUGGACUGUCACUGUCUUGUUUGUCUGUGUGUUACUAGCAUUCCUUAACAAUAGAUGUAUGGAGUGGUCUUCAAGUACAGUAAAGAAUUUAAAGAGAAAGUCAAUCAUAAUGGUAUUUUUAAUAACAACAAAAUCAAAGUAGUAUGUAGCUUUUGUGUCACCUGUAUGUGGGACAUCAAAGUGAGGCGACUUUACUCAGUUUAAAUUCAUACCAAAACAAGUAAAAUCUCAUAAGGAAAAUACAGUUUUCCCUAGUCUUCACCACAUUGAGUAACUGUAAUAUGCUAGUUUUAUAAUCUAUGAAAUUCAAAUGUGAAACAUCUCCAUUUUAUCUGUUUUAUUAAAAGCAUUUAUCAUAGUUACUAAUUCUAAUUUUAGGGUUGACUUUCUCUUUCUGAAUGACUUCCUAAGGAUUGGUGUGAAUUUUGAAGUAUUAGGGUACUAAUGAUUGUAUCUUCGCUAGUCGACAGAGUAUGGACUAGAAUACCCCUGGCAUCUGAUGUGUCGGUACAGAAGUAACUAAGACACAAAUAACCUUUGAAAACAUUCAAGCCGUGUGAUAUUCCAAUGUUGUUUUUUUUCUUUGUAUAUAUACUUAAACCAUGUAGGCUGUUGUAAAAUCAGUAUGACCUUGUCUAGUCUUCAAACUUAAAAUAAAACUUUUGAAAAUCUGG